UUGAUCUGAACUUCCUUAAUAAAACGGUCCACGAUUUUCUCACUUUUUUGUACCUCCCUCUCUUCUUUCCACCCAAAAAACAAAAACAAAAUCAAAUAAAAAAAAGAAACGCUUGCGCUCUGUCUUUGUUUUGGCGCAAGCAAUGGAGCAGAAAAUCUGACGCUAUAUUUUCUUUAGAAAAUGAAAGAAAAGAGAAGAAAAAGAAGUGGGCUUUGAAAAGCUUUAUCAUCUUGUCUAUUGGCACUUCUAUUUUUUUUAUUUACUUUCAUAUACUAUCGGAUAUAUAUUAUUCAAAAUCUUAGCUUUUUUGCAAAGAGGGAAUAAAGUUGGUAGAUUUGUAGAUUUUGCAGUGCCAAGUGUUUUACGUUGCUUUGCACAGCUUAUUAAUUUUGGGGGGAGAAAAGCAGUAGAUAUCUAGAAAGUCUGUAAGCAACCUAUGCAUUCACACCUUCUACUUGGAUCACCACACUUAGAUGGACAGUUCCUUUCCAGAAGAAAGCUGUGAGCAAACUGACCAAUACCCCUUGCUAAUGGAACGAGUGGAAAGCCUUAGAGAUCAAGAGCACAUUAUUGACAUAACAAGGCAUGAUGAUGCUUCAUCACACUUAUCUCCGGAAGAGCAACCUUCUGGAGUGAACUUAAUACAAAGUGAACAUAGACCUUCAAGUAGCACACAAGCUCCCACUAAUCAGACUUCUUCUUUCUCAAACAGAUUGAACUCUAGGAAUUCAUCAUUCAUGAGAAGUGCUGGGUAUGAUCGUCGUCAUAGGAGCCCUUUAAAUUCUGGAUUAUGGAUUUCUGUUGAGUUAGUUGUCACUGUCAGUCAGAUUAUAGCAUCUAUUGUUGUUCUGUCAUUGUCAAGAAAUGAAAAGCCACAAGCUCCAUUGUUUGAAUGGAUUGUUGGUUAUGCAUCUGGUUGUGUUGCAAUACUUCCUAUUCUUUAUUGGCGCUUUCAUAACCGCAAUCAGGGUAUCGAGCAAGAUUCAUCACACUCACGUCAAGGUUCUUCUCAUGGCAAUCUCAGCGAGACUACACCCUAUACAGCUGUCUCAGUUACUCAAGCUUCAGAUGAGGAGAAUAAUCACAUCACUGAAUCAGCAACAAGGAACGCUGAGAUAGCAGGAACUUUAAGUACAAGGCUCAAUGGAUUAGUAGACCAUUUCAAGAUGGCCCUAGAUUGUUUUUUUGCAGUGUGGUUUGUUGUGGGCAAUGUGUGGAUAUUUGGAGGUCACUCAUCUCCGUCUGAUGCUCCUAAAUUGUACAGAUUAUGUAUAGUGUUCCUUACUUUUAGCUGUAUUGGAUAUGCCAUGCCAUUCAUACUAUGUGCAACAAUUUGUUGCUGCUUGCCUUGCAUAAUUUCUGUCCUUGGUUUUCAAGAGGAUUUUUCACAAACUAGAGGAGCCACCAUGGAAUCUAUAAGCGCAUUGCCAACCUACAAGUUUAAAUACAAGAAAACUGGAAAUGUAAAUGAUCAGGAAAAUUCUGCUGGUGAAGGUGGAGUCCUGGCCACAGGUACAGCAAAGGAACGUGUGAUAUCAGGGGAUGAUGCAGUUUGUUGUAUUUGCUUGGCAAAGUAUGCAGACAAUGAUGAGCUGAGGGAGCUGCCGUGCAUCCACGUCUUCCAUGUGGUGUGUGUAGAUAAAUGGUUGAAAAUCAAUGCAUCCUGUCCCCUAUGUAAAAAUGAGAUCGGUGAGAGCAGCAGGGCUUCACCAUUAGCAAUAGCUAGAGGCUCAAAUUAACAGAAUAGGAAGAGGAUGGACUAGGAACCAGUUGAAAAUGGGGCAAUGUCUUAAAUAUUUUGGUGCUCAGCUCCUGCUGCUGUUGCAAAAUCCUUGAAGAUCUUUACUUUGUUCUUCAGAUUCAGUUCCGCAUGGCCAUGCACCAGAUACAAAUAUGAAGUCAAGUCUAUCAUCAAGCCAAAAAGUUUGCAGUGCUACGCUAUUAAGAGAUUAUUUCUUCAGGCUACCUCUCUUGUUCUUUUUUCCCUCCACUGUUUAUAUUUUGCUCUUUCCUUGCCACGAAAUUAUUUUGAUCGUUACCGUCUUGGGUACUGCAUCUGCUCUUCACCAUGUUGUACGUAAAUCGGAAUUUUCCAAACUAAGAUUUGAAUAUUUGGUGGUUUCCAAACUAAAGUUUGAAUUUUUGGUGGCUCUGCUGUACUUGACUUGACGAUGAAAAUUUCUUCUUUCAUCAUAUAUGAUAGUAGAAAAAUCAUCUUUAUAAUGAAGAUACUUGGUCCAUCUCUUACUUGGAUUUCGUUAUCAAAUUGUUAGGAAUAAUAACAGGUCGGAUUAAGGCAUCCUCUAAGUCGGUUUAGGUAGUAUGGGUUUGGGUAGUAAGAUUAGAGCAUCUUAAAAGUCGAUUUGGAUAGUAUGGUUUGGAUGGUAUUCCGAUAAUAAAAUAUUAUAAUUCAUUAUAGGUUGGCAUAAAGUUCGGAUAGUGUUUUAUGGGUACUAAUUAUACGAAA